UUUUUCCGAAGCCUGAGGCAGAACAGUUUUUGUUAGCCCUAGAAGUCGAGUUCUACAAUAUUCUGGUUUUAUUGCCCAGCUCAAGCUCAAUCCACCAGAUUCAAUCCAGUGGUUCCACGAACGGGACGAAGGACCUGUUUCUGGAGUUUUGAGUGUUCCCUUAGCGAACAUGGGCGACCUGCGAUCCGAUUCUGCUAUGUGCCGCCGCAUAGUUAGUGCGUUCUUGGACUUCCUCAAGUCGGUUGAACCAGCCCCUGGGGUAGAUCUUGAAGGCCUUGAUGUAGCUAAAGAUUGUUUGGAAGAGGUCUUUAAGCUCAAUCAAGCAGCGAGAGAAAUUGUGCCAGAAUCGGGCUUGUUGAUCAACUUAUUCAGCUCUUUGAAAGAUGAUAAACAAUAUAAACCAGUCCCACACUUAGGCUCUGUAGAAGUACCCAAUUCAUCUUUUGCAGCAUCAGACUCUCAACAAGUGAAGGAUUGCAAUGGCUUGUCAUCAAAUGUGUCUUCUUUCUCUAGUGGAAACGAGUCUGAAACCCAACAUCUGUCAGGAGGAGAUUUAAGAGAUGAGCUGUUUGUGAAGUUUUACGCUGCACUUGACAAAAUUAAUUUUUUUUCAACAUCUGGAGAAAUCGAGGACCCUCUGAGGGUAGCAAAAGCAACACAGCUUUUUCAUGAUACAAUAAAAGAGAUUGAAAAUUCUGAAGGAGAAAUAAUGAAUCUUAUCAGCCUUGCUGAAACCUUCAAAGCUAAAGGUAAUCUUUCUAUGAAGUUGAAGUUGUACUCUGAUGCUGUUGAACUAUAUACCUUUGCCAUAGCCCUCCAUGAGAAAAAUGCUGUUUACUACUGUAACAGGGCUGCUGCUUACACUCAGAUGGAGAAAUAUAUUGAAGCUAUUGAAGAUUGCUUGAAGUCCAUUGAAAUUGACCCAACUUACAGCAAGGCAUACAGUCGCCUUGGUCUGGCUUAUUAUAAUCGAGGAAAUUAUGCUGAAGCAUUAGAGAAGGGCUUCUUAAGAGCUUUUCAGUUGGACCCGAAUAAUGAGUCUAUCAAAGAAAACAUCAGGGCAGCCCAACAGAAACUGGUUGAAAGCUCAACAUUUGACACUGAACAGAACACUGAGUCAAGACACCGGCAAGAUUCAAAUGCCAAAAUGGGAGAUUCUACCAGUAGUAGCAGCUCUUUUGCGUCCUUUCCAAUUACCUUUGACAGCUCUGCUAUUCCUCCAGAACUUGUUAACGUAGUCAGGAAUGUGGUCUCUGCUGCUACUCAGGGGAAUCAUGCCCAAACGGGCAACAACGUGGAUCUUAAUGAGCCUGAGGACUCUCAGCCUGACAACACAAGGGACCACAAUGAGCCUAAUAUAAGAACAGAUGCAAAUGUAAACCUAAACUUCAGCCAAGCGCCAGAUCAAGUAAGGGAUGCUCUGAGGUCCUUUCUCAAUAGUUUCUCAUCACAGAAUGCGACACAGAGACAACCCUAAAAAGGCAACUGGGAGGAUCUUGAAAGAAAGCAUUCUGUAGAUGAUAAAUCACCUGUAAUGUGCAUUCUAUGCAAAAUUUAUUUCAUAUAUUUGUCCUGGGGACAUUUCUAUACCUUAAGCAUUUGCUUUUAAUACAAUAUCAAAGAUCCAUUUCUGUGGUAUCUUUCUGGGUGCUGGCGUUUAAUCUAAUGCAAAGGAACUGGCAUCUUUAUUUGGUAUAAGUAGUCCAUUGCAUGGAGUUGGAUUGCAAUUCAUUGGUCAAUAAAAUC